AUGUCACCUUCCAUCUCCGAGCCAGCCAUCUUUUCCGCUCGCAUCAUCGCUAGCGCUUACAGUGCCUGGAUCAGCAAACCACGGGCAAGUCUCCAACGCCAUGGGGAACCGUGGACUGAGGAGCGCGUUGUGUCUGUCCAAACCGCCACGCUCCCCGUCAAUGACAAAAUUCUACUCUGUCAACACUAUGAGGAAAUCUUCGAAAAUUUGCAACAAAGGAAUUAUCGAGUCAUUGCCAAAGUCUAUUUGAGACUUGUCGAGCCAUUCAAGCAAAUCCGAUUUCGUUACAGUGGAAAAAAGACUGUGGCAGGCAAAACACAACAGUCCAGUCCCGAAGAGACUAACCAUCGCUUGGAGUGGGUCACCGGGAGCCCGACCGCCUUCGCAAGACCGAAUCACUGCGAAGAGAUUGAGGGAUGCGGGGCGGUGUAUUCAGCGGUGUCCAUCUCUCCGAAAGAACGAUUACAACUACUAGACGAGCUAUACCGCGUAAAAGAGAUUGAGGAGAGAUUUCUUGAUGCAGACCCAGACAUGAUCUCGCUGAACGUGCCCAUGGACUCAUAUGCCAGUUAA